AUCAGGAAGAAGCGUCAAGAUGAUCUGCCGCAUCAGUCAAGUCAUCAUCUGAUGAAGAAGAAGAAGUAGAGGCAGUUUCUACACCUGCCAAGAGUACAGGAGCCAUAGCAAGAAGCGUGGCAAGGAUUUUGACGAGGAAGAGGAGUCGGAUGACGAUUCUGACGAAGAUGAUGACGACGAUGACGACGAAGAUGACGAUGACGACGUCCCCUUGAAGAAGAUUGCUGCCGCCAAGGCUGCGCCAAGAAGCCCACUGGCAAGCCUCCAUUGCCUCCAAGGAAGAGGACCAAAAAGGGGGAUGCUGUGAAAGCUCCUGAGCUCGUACCAGUCAAGAAGGAGACUCUCAAUGCGGCCAACCUCAAAUGGACUGAAGAAGAGGAUUCCAUUUUGGCCCGGGCCUUCCGCAAAACCACAACAAACCUUGUCAAAGGUGCCAAAGAAAAAGGAGAUGUGUUUUGGGGGAAUUUGUGUUUGAACUACAAUGCAAUCCGACAGGAAGAAGAUUCAAGCCAAGAAGCGUGCUGUCUCUCAGGCCUAUUCGUUUGCCAAGACCUUGAAAGAUUUUGGCCGUAUGGAUGAAGCGAACCAGAAAUUGGACGAGGCCAUGAUUUUGGAAGCGACUCCACUUGAACACUUUCUUAUGAAUUGUGCCCCAACCACUGUUACUGCUGCAGGAACUGCCACCGUUGCUAGUGGAUUGACCAGCAACCGUGCUUCCCCUGUCCCUGCUGGAGCUGGUAUCACCCAUCCACCUGAUGUUAGUGGCAUCCAGUCUCCCAACAAUAUCAACGAUGAAGCUGGUGUCUAGUUUGUCAACAGAACCUAGAG